UUGAGUUUCGAGUGGGAUGCCACCGGCGCACGUCCAGCCGCCGACGGUCGAGGUCGUCUUCCUCGGCACGUCGUCCAUGAUGUCGUCCGCGACGCGCAACGUCUCUGGCAUUGGCGUCUCGAUCGCAGGCGACUGCUGGAUCUUCGACGCCGGCGAAGGCAUUGGGCUCCAGCUCUCGAAAGCGUCGCUGCUCUUGAGCGCCGUCUCGCGGAUCUUCGUGACGCACAUGCACGGCGACCACGUCUUUGGGCUCAUGGGCCUCCUUCUCUCGGCGGGCAACGGCGGCGUCGCCCGCGAGAUACAGGUGGUCGGGCCCCCCGGCCUGCGACGGUACCUGCGUCGCAACUUUGCCGAGUCGCAGUCCAACAUGAAGUGUGCGCAGUACUACGUCGACGAGCUAUGGGCACCCGAGAGCACCGAGCUCGUGUGCGAGUACGCCCCGCUGCCGUUCGAGCGUGACGGCGCCAACGUGGUCGCGGGCGACGAUGGUUCGUGGCGCGUUCCGUGCCCGGGCCCGUCGGCCUUUCAUGUACGCGCCGCCGCGCUUCGCCACACGCUCGAGCCCUGUUAUGGCUUUGUCAUCCAAGAGCAAGACUACCCUGGACGGGUGCAAUUGACGCCAGCGCUCCGCGCACGGCUCCUUCGCGACGACAACGCUGCCUUCUUGCGCGAAAAAUACGGUAUGGAGAACCCACUCCAAGCGCUGUCGAUCGUGCAGAGCAGCGCGACGGCGUCCGUGACGCUGGCCGACGGAUCGCUGUGUCAGCGCGACAUUGCCGGCCCGACGCGGCAUGGGCGGCGCCUCUGCAUCCUUGGCGACACGUGCGACUCGCGCGCGAUUGCAUCGCUGGCCGUCGGCGCCGACGUCGUCGUGCACGAGUGCACGAACGCGUUCAUUGCCUCGCUCGAUGGCCACGCAACGACGAGCGAAGAAGUCGAAGCCCGUACGUUUGUCCACGGCCACUCGACGCCGGCGAUGGCCAGCCGGUUCGCCGCAGCGAUCGGCGCCUCGCGCCUUGUGCUAACCCACUUUAGCCGCCGGUACCGCGACGACGCCUCGGACGAAAUGACCCACGCGAUGACCGAAAUCAAAGCGCAGUGCAGCGCCUACUAUACCGGCCUCGUGCACUGCGCCCACGACCUGCAACACAUUCGCGUGCCCAUGCGCGAAGAGCGUACGCGGGACCUGGUCGCCGAGGGCGCCGAGGCCGCGCGCGUCGCCUCCGCAGCUGCCGACGACGCCAAAGCAGCGGCGACACGCUUCUUUCAAGCACACCCCACGAGCAGCGAUGGGCACACGCCGCAUGCCCAGCGCCUGCUGUCGUGA